CUGCCUUCGAUUACCACGAUACUGACAAGCACAGGUCUGGGCACCACCAGCCAUCUGGGGCGUAGACCGGAACUCAUACGCCGGCUUCUGGGGCUCGCGUGUCUACGCGGCAGAUGAGAUAUCUCACACCCGGAAUUGCGCAGGACCCGUUCAUAUGCUACUUGCAUACCGGUGACUUCAAGACCUUCACGGCGCCAGCGCGAUGGAACACCGACGCUUCUGCCACCGUCACCGACCAAGAGAUCCAACACCUCGGCAACAGACCCUACGUGCGGUAUCUCAGCAACAUCGACACAAUGAAGAGAGUUGUCCUAGACAGAUCUGACGAUGGCCUGUUUGGUACGUGGAAGCGGGUCGGCGUGCCGGUUGAUAAGUUGCACGAGGAUCCGGCGAGCUAUCAAGAUAUUUUGAGACCCCAGCGAUUUUAUCUUUGGGAGGACGACUAUGGGGGUGCGGUUUAUGAGUGUUAUACGGAGGAUUUUACGGUGCCGUAUGAGCCUUGCACGCCGGGUUUGACGCCAUGGAGCUGUUAUUUAGAUCGGCGGCGAUACGUACGCUAGGCUGUCAAAUUACUGAAAUGCGGACUGCAAAGGUGAGCUAAGAUGGUUCCCGCUCCUUGCUUGUGCAAGGCUGAGCAAAGCGGUGACUGGAGUCGACGUUAAAAUAGGAGAGAGCGGUUAUAGG